ACUAUUGAUUCAAUAGCGCGUAUGCAGUUCCUCAAUGCGCAUGCGCCGUGAAAGGACACUCAUUUGAAUCAGACAAGCAGAGCAGCGGCAGUUCCAGGUUUUAUUCAGUCGCAUUUUCAGCAUUAGCGUCUUAAAACCCACUUCUUAUACUUCAAUGGCGGAUCCACGAGUACGACAAAUUAAAAUUAAAACCGGCGUAGUUAAACGAUUAGCAAAAGAAAAGGUGAUGUAUGUAAAAGAGGCCCAGCAGCAAGCGGAAAAGGUUGAGAAGAUGAAAGCUGAAGCUGGUGACGAAUACGUGAUUAAGAAACAGAUUGAAGUCUUGCAGGAGUCCCAGAUGAUGAUCCCUGAUUGUGAGCGCCGCUUGGGAGCAGCACACGCAGACCUUAGGCAGUUAUUAGAAAAUGAAGCAGACUUGGCAGAAUUGGAGGAGUUCAAAGAAGCACAAGCCAUGCUGGAUUCUGUCAAGCUGGAAGGAUAAUUAUUGAUGGAUUGCUUUAUAUACCUGCACUGAGUCCAUUCUAUAAAGUUGGACCACUUUUUGCAACAGUUGUGCCUAGACAACGAAGAUUUGAACCUGAUCACAGAUUUGAUUUGAUUUCUAUUUUUUUUAAUUUUUUUUUUUAAUUUAGGAUAGUCAUAGACUUCUUGUUCUGUACAAACCUGCAAUUAAAGUGGUGCUCUUCUGUAUGGAGCGCUGUUAAAAUAUCAAUACAUUUUUAUGAUUUGAUCAUCUUUUAUUGUUUUAAAAUGAAUAUAUGAAUAUUCACAUUUAUUUUGUAUCCAGUUUAGAGAAGUUAAUUGCAUACUACAGUUUAAGCUAGGCAGAGUUUAUGAACUCUAAAUGGUUGUGCAACUGUUUAGAGGUAAUGGGAGAAUCAGUAAGGUAUUUAUUAAAACUAGGACAAGGUUUUGCUUGACCCCUGUAAAUAUGCAUAUACACGUGUGAUCUGAAACUUGCAGUGUGUGUUUAAAUUAAACUUAAGACCAGUGCAGUGUA